GUGAAGACUGUGUUGCUAAUCUAUGACUCUGUCGGCGUCUUUUUCUGUUGGCGCGCCAGAACGUUCUCUUUUCUACUGUUGUUAUUGUCGUCUGCAUUUUUUAAGCUCGUGAUCACGAACUAAAGUUUUUUUUUAUUCGCUGGACAUGGGGAAAAAACGAGCUCUUAAAGCGUCAAAGGAAAAGGUGGUUGUAGAAAAAACGGUUGUAUUUAAAUGUAACAAAAAACGUAAAAGAUUCAGCCAACCUUUGAAAGAAUCGAACAAACCAUCAACCGUACGAGACCGUAAAAAUUCCCUUACAAAACUGUUGAAAGCCCUUGAAGCAUUUAGUGGAGUCAAUGCAAUGCUGUUCCUUCACUCACCAAAUUGGAAAAAGUCCUCAGUAAGAAUCCGAGUUUAUGGGAAACUAGGAAGAAAACUGAAGAAGACUCCAGCCUUUAAAUUAAUCCAAAAGACUUUUUACAAAGAAGUUUCCUUAUUCAAUAAGACUCGUCCUGCUCCGGCUGCAGAUAAAAAUGCUCUUUAUGUACACACAGAGGAUGAACCAGAUCAAGUUGAAGAUGAAACACUUGCUGAAGAUGAAAAAGUUCUUGAUGAUGCUCUGCAGGCUAUGCCUAGCUACAGAGGUGAACAUCUAAAUGAUGACAUACCUAGUGAGUUUGAAAGUGAUGAUGAUGAAGGUGACAAAUCAGAUGAAGACCUUAUCUACAUGUCAGAUGAAGAUGACGACGAAGUUGUUGCCACAACGUCUAUUCUCACUCCAGUGAACACCAAGUCUGAGAAGAAUCCUAUGGUUAUCUUGCCUGGAUUAAAUGCUUUGACCACCUUGCUUAAUCUCGCAACGGUUGCUACCUCGACUAGUCCCGCUCCAAUUACUACCUCUUCUACUCACACUCCUGUUACUGUCUCGUCUUCUCUCGCCUCAAAGGUCAAAUCGUCACCAGCCCAUACUCCUGUUGCCACCUCUUCUAGUCUCGAUUCUAAGGCUAUCACACCAAGUUGUCUUGAAACCGCAACGAAGAAAAUGGAAGAAGAAACAAUGAAAAAAAGGGAACUAUUAAAUAAAAAAAGAAGAGAAAAGUAUCAAGCCAGCGAUAAAUUCAAACAUGGCAGCCGAACAAUAUAUGCCAGCGAUGAUGAUGAACGUCCGUUGAAAAAGACCAAAACGAGCCAUGAUAAAAGCGUAUCGAAUUGUAGGGACGAAAUUGGCAGUGCAAGCCCUUCAACAGAUUUAUCUAAUGCUUCCAAUACAAAUGAAAAGCCCGAUGAAGUAAGUGUGGCAAAGCGGCUUGAGGCAGAGUGGCAGUGAUUGAGCUUUAAAAAGCUCUUGAGUAAAAUGAGAAAGACAAUGACUAUUCAGGUUUUCUGUGAACUAGGAAGUACGUGCCACUUGGGGGGAAUGGGGUUGUAAAGGAGGUUUUCAAAGGCUGUGCACGCAAGGAAACGGGAGAGGUGAAACAGCGUGAUUUAUUUUCUAUGGACCAAUUGCAUCGGUAUUGUCGAGUUUGAGGCUUGUGGGUGGGACGUGACACCGAGUGUUGCAUGGGAUCUCCCCCUGAACUUGCAGCAUCUUUCGUAAAUGCUUAACACCGGGCAAGCAUUAGUCUUCAGGAAAAGAAGCCAUUGUUUUAUCUUGCUUACAAAACGGCCAUUACGAAAGAUAAUCCUAAACGCGGACUCCUUAUGCAACGCUCGUUUGGAAAGCACCUCCAGCCACGAAGCCGGGCAUAUUUUUUCCAACCACUGAAGCGGGUGAAAUAAAUUCUUAUCGUUCCACAAAGAAUUUUGACUCAAUUGUAUUGAACUCCUAAUGGAUUCAACACAGAAUUCGUAUCCGAAGUACACAACAAAAGUUCUAAGGAAGAUAAUCAUUACAACAAAUUUGACAUCCUGUUCUCGUUUAACGAUUCAAGACGUACAACAAAACCUUUUUUACCCAACAGCCUAAACGGCUGGGAUAAAUAGAGAUGUGAGAGAGUGAAAAAAAAAGAAAUACUUGAAAUUACUUACAGACUACUCGUUAAGAAAUUUUUACUGCAAUUGGAUGUUUAACGAAUAUCUGAAUUCACAUCAUAUUGAAUGCUAGAACCGACGCGAGAUGGCACCACCACGGUACGGCCGCGAUUUCUUUCCCUCUAUUCUCUUUGGUUGGCAAUGGGACCGUCCCGCGACAAAUCCAACCUAUUGUGUUAUCACGGCCCUGUUUAAAAAAAAAUCAAUUUCUCUCUGUGAUUUUCCCUCAAUUUUUCUGUGGCUUUCCUCAGUUUCCCAUUGGUUGUCAGUCUGCUCUCGUUUCCAAUAAAUUAGUAACUUGUG